AUGCGCCCUCUAACACCUCCCCGUACGCGGCGCCGCGCUAACUAUGGGGUGUCCCGCGAUACCGAAUCCAUUGCAACCGUUCCGUCACCAGCGCCUCCUCGAGCAGCUCCUGCCAUGUCCCCGCAUCUCCCCGCGCUCAUCGCAACGCUGCUCUUCGCAAGCUUGAUGAUCCAUGGGCCCGCACUAUCCGCCGCGCAGCCCGCGUACUCCGCCGUGGGAGUUCCCACGGCGAUCGUAGCGGGCGGCGUGUACAACCCGUUAACGGGCGACGUCUACAACCAGGCAUGGCAGAUCAACUCGCUUACGCAGCGCGAGACGGGCUACUCGUCGAAUCCCGACGCGAACAACAACGCGGAGCUCACCUCGUGCGCGGUCUCCACGGACGGCAAUGCCUUCACGUCGUCGGGCGACAAGUACGUCAACAUGAUUAAGUACACCACCAGCGGGCCGGUAGCGCUUCCGGCUUUGCCGCUCAACAUCAACGUCACGACCGUCGCCCUGGGAGGACCGUCGGAGCGGCUUCUAGUCGUGGCGGACGGGACCGUCGCCGCUGGCGGCGCCGUCGGGAUUCGGCGCGACACGCUGCAGUCGACGGUGCUGGUUGCGCCUGGGUGGCAGUGCAUGUCGGCUAGCUUCUGCUCGUCGUUCGUGCUGCUGGCGUGCCACGACACGGCAACCGACGCCAACGUGCUCGUCACCGUCCCAUUCGACGCCGUCACUGGCGCCUUCCAGACCGCUGCCAAGGCUUCUUUCGCCAUCCCGUUCCCGCCGGCUCAGGCGGCAUGUUCCCCGAACGGCGGAUUCGUGGCUGCGUUGCGCAUCGACGCGAAGACCGUGUUCACGUACAAGUUGCCUCUCGUCGCGCCGCUUACCGCGCUCUCCACGUCGCAACUAACCCCCGGAAUGCCCGGCUCCAUGGCCUUCGACGCUACCAAUAGCGAGAUUCUUGUAACGAGCGCUGCGGACUUUCCGGGCCUGCCCGGCGACGCGUACCUUGGCACGCUCGACACCGUCGGGUACACCGAAACGGGAGGCGCGGAGCCCGCGGCGCGGAUAGGCGCGUUUCAGUACACCACCGCGUCGCCUGUGGGCGGCCAGGUCGCGGUGUACCCGAAGCCGACGGUUGGUUACGUGGCGUUGCCGGAGGGGCUUUACGUUGUGCGGCUCGUGCAGGACGGCGCGCUCGACUACGGCACCGCGUUCUUCGCCACGCUCGGCGCCGUGCAGGACGGGUGGAGCUACUUCGCCACCGCCGUCUGCGCGCAGCGAUUCGUCGCCGCUCCGCCGCCCCCCAGCCCGCCGCCUCCUCCCCCCAGCCCUCCCCCCAAGCCCCCGAGCCCUCCGCCAAAGCCCCCUAGCCCCCCGCCCAGACCCCCCCCUCCCCCGAAGCCUCCGAGCCCUCCGCCAAAGCCCCCUAGCCCCCCGCCCAAACCUCCCUCUCCGCCUAAGCCGCCGAGUCCGCCCCCCAAGCCUCCCAGUCCACCCCCGAGGCCACCUCCCCCCCCGAAACCUCCCAGCCCGCCGCCUAAGCCGCCUCCAUCGCCGCCAAAGCCUCCGAAUCCUCCGCCGAAACCGCCCAGCCCGCCUCCGCCGAAGCCUCCGCCUCCGCCUCGCCCCCCUCCACCCAAGCCGCCAAGCCCGCCCAAGCCACCAAGCCCGCCUCCGCCACGUCCUCCGCCACCGAAGCCUCUGCUGACGAGCACUCUGGCGACGACGGCGUCUGUGCUGUCGGAGUGGACGGGCGGCGACGCUGGUGUGUUCGCCACCGUCGCCAGCGACGCUGACUCCGCUGUGGCGCGACACCCGCCCGCUAGGACUGCGCCCCGCGCGUACUAUGGCGUCGCGCAGCCGCCACCAGAGCCGACGUCGUGCUACGUGGGCACGAACGCACUGUGUGCGUUUCAGCUGGACUGCCUGGACUUUGGCGCGAAGAGGGGAUGCACGUGCAUGAAUGACAUCAUCCCGCAAGGGCAGUGUAGAUACGCCAGUGCAUGUCUGGACACUACGGCGUGCCCAGUGGAGGCCACGUGCACCACCACACAGAGGGGCCGCACAGUGUGCGCUUGCCCUAUUGGCUACCGGCCUUUGAAGCAGCGUGUGGGUGACAUGGCUUUCAGCUACUGCGCUCGGUCGAUCUGCAAGCGGAGCAAUGCCUUUGUUGGCUUCAGCUGUGCUGUGCACGAUGAGGCAGCUGCUGGAAUGAGUUUAUUCGGGCCUGCAGAGGAGCAACGCCUUGGGAUAGGGUCCAUCCAAGUGACCUUCACAAUGGAGCGACGCUGCGAGUUCGGCGAGCAUUACGCCGUGGUGGGGGAGGUUGACGAGCUCCGCUUAUGGGAUCCUACUAACGCGGUCGUGGCGCAGUGGUCGGAAGGCCACCAUUGGAAGGUCGCGGUUGAACUCCCAGGAGAUCGUUCGAUCGAGUUCAAGUUUGUGUUACUCGGGCGACACGGCGAAAUCUGGUGGCAGCCGGGUCGCAACCACGUGCUUGCGAUGGCGGGCUUGGCGCGCAGCGUGGACGUGUACGUGCCGUGGGACACGGAGCAGCCGCUGGUGGUGGUUAACCACCCCGAGAAUAGCACCAGCGACUGGAGCCUGAACGGCUCAUUUACCGAGUUCAAUGUCCAGGAGGCUGAGGCGGAGCUGGUUGCGGACGACGAUUCGACAAGCCGCGGCGUCAUGAUGAACGGCCGCUCCAGUCCCAGCGUGAUACUUAACGGCUAUGUGGAUUCUGACAUGGAAUCCUUCAACUAUUCCGACUCUCGCAUGGAAUCCAACGGCUAUUCCAACUCUGGCAUGGAAGCCAAUGGCUAUUCCAACUCGAGCAUAGAAUUUCAUCACUAUUUCCAUUCUCACACGGAAGCCAACGGUUACUCCCAUCGAAGCGUGGAAUCAGCAAGUCUUACGGCAAGCGAUAGCAUAGUCAAUGGGAGCGAGAUUGGAGGUUUUGAUUCUGUCUCUCCAGCACAAGAGAACCAGGCCGUUCCGUUGAUGGCAAAAACUGUGAAUGGCGCAAGUGGCGGCAGCGUUCACAGUGGGGCAGCACGUGACGAGCAAUUCUACAAGCUGGGCGGCAGCAGCCCCGCUGAAGCUGAGGAGGAAAGCUUUAUGAAAGAGCAGAGGAAAGUGGCUGCUGAAUCCAUGGGCGCUAAGUCGUCCACACGCUCUGCAGGAUUCAAUGCUGCACGGACUUUCCCCACAAAGAUGGAUUCAGGGAAAUUCAAAGGAGUGGACGAGGAUGGAGAAGCAGCAUUGGAGUAUGUGCCUGCAUCCAGUGGACAACGAAUGUUCGCUGACAUGGCAGGAAGCGUGGGGGCGGCGUAUGAAGCGGUUUUUGCAGAGCACAAUGAGGACGAGGUCGAUUCAUCCGUGGUUUUAAGUAAGGCAUCGGCCAGUGGCAGUGGCAGCAAGGCUCAGCAACACACCACUGGAGGUCGUGUCAAGACUUCUCAGAAGAUGGGGAGGCAGCGGAAAUCAAACAGCAAGUACCUCUCAGAGCUUUUCUUCAAUGAUGCACACGUCCCACUGCGCCGCUGGGCUGGGGAGCUCUACCUGGACAACCCUUCCAGCACUCCUACUGCAACUUCUCCCUUUGCCAGCCCUGCUCUCCGCUCCACAGCAUCACCAACCCCAUCUAGCUCCAAGCAAACGGCAGAAGCCUUCAUGCCAAGUGCCUCCCAUGGAUCCCUUCCUCUCAAUCUGACCACCAGUGGCGUCCCAGCCUCGCCCCAUUUCGACCCUCGACCCACCAGUGGAUCCUCCUUGACUGCAACCCUGGCACCACCUGCUCCAAGCCCUUUUGAAGGCCUUGGUGAGUUGGUGGAGCGAGGCUUGGGAAGGCUGUUCAGCCGCAUGCAACAUUCAGUGACACGUGCACGCAUGUGGAUGAUCCUCAUCCCCCUGCCGGUGCUCUCCACUCCUCUUGCUGCACUUGUUGUGGCCGUCCAGUUGUUUCUCCUCUUGAGCCUUUUAAGUUGA